CCGUAGGGUCCGGCGGGGAGGAGCAGCAGCAUGAGGGGCCCAAGUGCCUCGGAAAGGAGGGGCCGCUGGCUGGCUGUGCGGACCCGGGGGCUCCGAGGCCUGGCCGCCCGGGCCCCAGGGUGACCCCGGGAGGAAGGCACCCUGGCUUCCCUCUGGCCCCUUGGUCCCAGCCCCUCUGUGGCGUGCGACUCAGAGCUCCAGGCUGGGCCGCACACAGGGCCUCCGCGGCAGCGCCCUCUCCUCUCGGGCUGGGCUGGGGUUUCCGCCUGCGGCCCCGGCCUCCCGGGAGCAGGCUGGUGCCGCUGAGUCACCGCCUGGGCAUCUGGGGCUGCAAGGGCGGAUCCAUGAUGUCCAGUCCCCUGGAGCAGGCGCUGGCUGUGAUGGUCGCCACCUUCCACAAGUACUCAGGCCAAGAGGGUGACAAGUUCAAGCUGAGUAAGGGGGAGAUGAAGGCACUUCUGCAACAGGAGCUGCCCAGCUUUGUUGGGGACAAGGUGGAUGAGGACGGCCUGAAGAAGCUGAUGGGCGACCUGGAUGAGAACAGUGACCAGCAGGUGGACUUCCAGGAGUACGCCGUUUUCCUGGCCCUCGUCACUGUCAUGUGCAAUGACUUCUUCCAGGGCUCCCCAGGCCGGCCCUGAAGCAGAGCUCUCACUCUGCCGUUGGCCUGCUGGACCCAUGAGGACUCUGCUUACCCCUUUUGUACUCAAUAAACUUUUCUGUUGAUCA